ACAUCAUCUCCUACACCACCGUCUGAAAGAACAGGAAGACAACUUUACACAAACCCCAAACAAUGGAGUUCGACCUUGAAAACCCAUUACCAACAUCCGAUGAUCUCCACUACGAUUCAUUCACUUCUCUCUUCACCGUUGAAUCCGAUCACAUGCCGUCAAAAAACUACACUCAAAACCUCAAACCCACCGACCUCUAUAUCUCCAUUCGCCAUGAAACUCUCUCUCUCAUCCUACAAAUUUCUCACAACUUUGAUCCAUUCCUAGCCUACCUCGCCAUCAGUUAUCUCGAUCGCUUCCUACCCACCAAAUCAGUCACGAAAGAGAAACCAUGGAUCUUGAAGCUUAUUUCAGUUUGCUGUGUCUCCUUAGCGUUGAAGAUGAGGAAAACAGAGUUUUCUCUCACUGGAAUUCAGCAAGAUGGGGGGUUCAACUUUGACUCAGAAACCAUUCGGCGAAUGGAGUCCUUGAUCCUUGGAGCUCUAAAAUGGCGAAUGCGUUCAAUCACUCCAUUCUCUUUCAUCAGUUUCUUCAUUUCAUUGUUCAAAUUCAAAGAACCGCCAUUGAGACAAGCUCUGAAAGCUCGAGCCAUUGAAAUCAUCUUCAAGGCACAAAAUGAAAUCAAGCUAUUGGAGUUCAAACCAUCAAUAUUAGCAGCAUCGGCUCUUCUCUCCGCUUCUCAUGAACUGUUUCCCAUGCAAUUUCUAUGCUUCAGAAAAGCAAUUUCAAACUGUCCACAUGUAAAUAAGGAUAAUUUGCUUAGCUGUUACAAUGUAAUGCAAGAAACAGCAAUGGACGGCUAUCAGUCAGCGUUAGGUAUGGUAUCGAGCUCUAGCACCCCGGUCAAUGUGCUUGAUUUACAGUCCUCGAGCUCAUCAAGCUCAGAGAAGAUCAAUCCAACUGAGACUAAUGCAACUGGAUCCAUUAGACUGGAAAGGGACCUGAAGCGUCGGAAGAUUGAUGGGCUCAGAGGUCAUAACACAUUUCAGCUUUCGCAGAUACUGCAAUGCUGAUGAAUGAGAGAGAGAGAGAGAGAG